AACCUCUCAGCUGUCGGGGCGCUGGUGAGUCUCAGCAACGCCCGUCUCGGUUCGGUCAAAACUCGGUUCGAGGGCCUGUGUCUGCUGUCCCUGCUGGUGGGGGAGAGCCCCACGGAGCUGUUCCAGCAGCACUGCGUGUCCUGGCUUCGCAGCAUCCAGCAGGUCUUGCAGUCCCAGGACCCGCCUCCGACCAUGGAGCUGGCUGUGGCCGUGCUGAGGGACCUGCUGCGGUACGCGGCCCAGCUGCCCACGCUCUUCCGGGACAUCUCCAUGAACCACCUCCCCGGCCUGCUCACCUCCCUGCUGGGCCUCAGGCCAGAGUGCGAGCUGUCUGCGAUGGAGGGGAUGAAGGCGUGCAUGACCUACUUCCCGCGGGCGUGCGGCUCUCUGAAGGGCAAGCUGGCUUCGUUUUUCCUGUCUCGGGUGGAUGCCUUGAGCCCUCAGCUCCAGCAGCUGGCCUGCGAGUGCUACUCCAGGCUGCCCUCGCUGGGCGCCGGCUUUUCCCAGGGCCUGAAGCACACGGAGAGCUGGGAGCAGGAACUGCACAGCCUGCUGGCCUCCCUGCACGGCCUGCUGGGGACCCUGUACGAGGGAGCGGACACGGCCCCUGUGCAGUACGAGGGCCCCGGGGUGGACAUGCUGCUUGCGCCAUCGGAGGACGGUGACACCCACACCCUGCUCCGGCUCUGGCACAGGUUUUCGGGCCUGGCCCGCUGCCUGGGGCUCCUGCUCAGCUCUGAGUUUGGGGCUCCCGUGUCCGUCCCCGUGCAGGAGAUCCUGGACGUCAUCUGCCGGACCCUCAGCAUCAGUGCCAAGAACAUUAGCUUACUUGGGGACGGUCCCCUGCGCCUGCUGCUCCUGCCAUCCAUCCACCUAGACGCCCUGGACCUGCUCUCUGCGCUCAUCCUUGCGUGUGGAGGCCGCCUCCUGCGCUUCGGGGCUGUGAUCAACCGCCUGCUUCCCCAGGUCCUCAAUGCCUGGAACCUUGGUAGGGAUGCCCUCCCUCCGGGCCAGGAGAGGCCUUACAGUGCCGUGCGGACCAAGGUGUACGCUGUGCUGGAUCUGUGGGUGCAGGUGUGCGGGGCCUCGGCGGGGGUGCUGCAGGGGGGCGCCCCGGGCGAGGCCCUGCUCUCUCACCUGCUCAGUGACAUCUCGCCGCCCGCCGACGCUCUGAAGCUCCGCAGCCCCCGGGGGAGCCCUGAUGGGGGGCUGCAGUCCGGGAAGCCCAGCGCCCCCAAGAAGCUGAAGCUGGAUAUGGGGGAGGCCACGGCCCCGCCUGGACACCGGAAGGGGGACAGCAAUGCCAACAGCGACGUGUGCGCGGCCGCGCUGAGAGGCCUCAGCCGGACCGUCCUCAUGUGCGGGCCUCUCAUCAAGGAGGACACUCACAGGAGGCUGCACGACCUGGUCGUCCCCCUGGUCAUGGGGGUCCAGCAGGGCGAGGCCCUGGGCAGCUCCCCGUACACGAGCUCCCGCUGCCGCCGCGAGCUCUACCGCCUGCUGCUGGCGCUGCUGCUGGCGCCGUCCCCCCGCUGCCCGCCUCCGCUCGCCUGUGCCCUGCAGGCCUUCUCCCUGGGCCGCAGAGAGGGCAGCCUGGAGGUGGCGUCGUUCUGCUCGGAAGCCCUGGUGACCUGUGCCGCUCUGACCCACCCCCGGGUGCCCCCCCUGCAGUCCUUGGGCCCCGCCUGCCCGGCGCCGGCCCCGGCCCCGCCUGCCGAGGCCCCGUCUCCAUUCCGGGCCCCACCCUUCCAUCCCCCGGGCCCGAUGCCCUCCGUGGGCCCCAUGCCCCCGGCGGGCCCCGUGCCCCCCACACGCCCCGGGCCUCCAGCCACAGCCAACCACUUAGGCCUGUCUGUCCCCGGCCUGGUGUCCGUGCCCCCCCGGCUCCUGCCGGGCCCUGAGAACCACCGGGCAGGCUCGAAUGACGACCCGGUCCUCGCCCCUAGUGGCACCCCUCCGCCGGCUGUGCCCCCAGAUGAGACUUUUGGGGGCCGAGUGCCGAGACCGGCCUUUGUUCACUAUGAUAAGGAGGAGGCGUCGGACGUGGAGAUCUCCCUGGAGAGUGACUCCGACGACAGCGUGGUGAUCGUGCCUGAGGGGCUGCCGCCUCUGCCGCCCCCACCCCCCGCGGGCACCACGCCCCCCCCUGUGGCUCCGGCGGGGCCCCCCACAGCCUCCCCUCCUGUGCCAGCCAAGGAGGAGCCUGAAGACCUGCCCGCGGCCCCGGGGCCUCUCCCGCCCCCACCCCCGCCGCCUGUGCAGGGCCCCGCGCCCCUGCCCCCGCCCCAGCUGGUCCCCGAAGGGCCUCCUGGCGGAGGAGGACCUCCCGCCCUGGAGGAGGACUUGACGGUUAUUAACAUCAACAGCAGUGAUGAGGAGGAGGAAGAGGAGGAGGAGGAGGAAGAGGAGGAGGAGGAAGAGGAGGAGGAGGAGGAUUUUGAAGAGGAGGAGGAGGAGGAAGAGGAAUAUUUUGAGGAGGAAGAAGAGGAAGAGGAGUUCGAGGAGGAGUUUGAGGAGGAGGAAGGGGAGCUGGAGGAGGAGGAGGAGGAGGAGGAUGAAGAGGAGGAGGAGGAGCUGGAGGAGCUGGAGGAAGUGGAGUUCGGUGCGGCAGGCGGCCCGGUGGAAGAGGCGGGCCCUCCGCCCCCCAGCCCGGCUCCCGCCCUGCCGCCUGCCCAGCCCGCCGAGGUCCAGCCGGAGACCGGAGGGGAGCCCGCGCUGCUGUUGGAGGUGGAGGAGCCGGGGCGUGAGGAUGAGCCGGGGGCUGAGGCCGCCCCCACACUGGCCCCCGAGGUGCUCCCCUCCCAGGGCGAGGGGCAGCGGGAAGUGGGGAGCCCCCUGACUGGGCUGCCGCCUCAGGAGCUGGUGGAAGAGGAGCCCUCGGCUCCCCCGACCCUGCUGGAAGAGGGGACUGAGAACGAGGGUGACAAGGGGCCACCCCCCCCAGAGGUGCCUGCAGCCGAAGAAACAGAGGCGGCGGCGGCUGAGGCAGAGACGGUGGCCCUGCAGGAGAAGGAGCAGGAUGACGCGGCUGCCAUGCUGGCUGACUUCAUCGAUUGUCCCCCUGACGACGAGAAGCCCCCAGCAGCCCUGGAACCCGACUCUUAGCCCCUCGCGCCCCCCCUUCCGUUUCCAAUAAAGUUGCAUCCUGGGCUUCCGA